AUGGUCAAAUUCACACUCUCCGCCAUCACUGGCCUCGCAGCCAUGGCCGCCGCCCAAGAAACUUCACCCUCCACCAUCCCCCAACUCACGCAAGACCUCGCCCUCUCGCAGAUGUGUCCCAUCACCGGCAAAGUCAACUUCGUCAACAACUGCCCCUUCGACCUGCACAUCUGGAGAUACGACUCAUCCGUCGACAAGGCCGCCGUGCUGUCGGCCAAGAACACCUUCAGCGAGCCUAUCCGACAGGAUUUCCGCUCUGGGCUGCUAGGCUACAAGGUCGCUACGGAUGGCCGUGCCGUCCACGACGGAUACACCUGGCUGAACUUGAACUACCGCUUUGAUGUGACCAAGAAUCAUGCUAAUGGGCUGGCCUCCGUGGGUACCGGAUUUACUAACCCUCUUGAGGGGUAUAGUUAUGGUACUUCGGUGAGUUUGGGACCUAACUGCAAGGAACUUCAUAGCAGUGAGAAUGGGACCCUUAAGAUGAAGAGCGUUGAGUGUGACGAGCCUACCUUUAAGGGUCAAGUUGACUAUGAGUUCUGCACCUAG